UACGGGAAGUAGAGGGAAUUGAUUAAAAUAACAUUUAAAGAUAAUGGAAUUCGUGUUCAUGGUUGUGCCAGAGUUUGACGGAAAUGCAUAACAACCCGGAAAAAUAGGUGAGAACUACAGUAACCAGAAUUCUUACGCGCAUGCAGGAAGCUGGCGGAGAGGUCAAAAACAAACCCGGCAUAACAUCGGCAAGGGGUGUACCAUCGAUCACCGCGUGGAAAAAUCUUACAGUGCCACUAAUGGGUCUUCGGCUGCUCAAAAUCCCCACUCUGGCCUCUGCACUGUUAGCCUCUUCUGGAUUUUACCUCUACAACAGACGACUUGAUUUCAAUGACCUGAGUUUGAUCCGAUUCGGACGAGCAGCUGCCACUACUGCUGUAAUAAGCUAUGACUAUCUGACUGCUUUCAAAAAUGUGGAAUAUGGCACAGAGGAAUAUUGGGCCCUUAAAUCCAAGGUACAUCGACGUUCAGCUGAGCGUCUUCGAGACCUGUGCUGUGCAAACCGAGGUACCUUCAUCAAGGUCGGCCAGCACCUUGGUGCUUUAGAUUAUCUCCUUCCGGAAGAGUACACAUCCACACUGAAGGUACUUCAUAGUCGAGCUCCUCAGAGUAGCAUGGAAGAGAUAAAGCAGGUCAUCAAAGAGGACCUCGGCAAGGAGCUGUCAGAGUUGUUUGUUUUCUUUGAUGAGACGCCUCAGGGAGCAGCCUCCUUAGCCCAGGUCCAUAAAGCAGUGCUGCAUGAUGGGAGGACAGUGGCUGUUAAGGUCCAACACCCCAAAGUUCAAAGACAAAGCUCCAAAGACAUAUUGGUGAUGGAGGUUUUGCUGAAAGGCGUCCAUUGGCUCUUCCCUGACUUUGCGUUCAUGUGGUUGGUAGAAGAAGCCAAAAAAAACAUGCCAUUGGAGCUGGAUUUCUUGAAUGAAGGGCAUAAUGCAGAAAUCAUAUCAAAAAAGCUGGCCCACUUCACCUUUCUCAAGGUUCCGACAAUUCACUGGGACCUGUCCACUAAAAGGGUUUUGACCAUGGAAUUUGCCGAAGGAGGUCAGGUCAAUGACCGGGAGUACAUGGAGGCAAAUGGCAUCAACGUCAACGAGAUUUCAGAAAACCUGGGCAAAAUGUAUAGCGAAAUGAUCUUCUUACACGGCUUUGUUCACUGUGACCCCCACCCUGGUAAUGUGUUGGUUCGAAAGUGUCAGAAAAGCAAGAAGACAGAGAUCAUCCUACUCGAUCAUGGCCUUUAUCAGGUCUUACAACCAGACUUCAGGAUAAACUACUGCCGACUCUGGCAGGCUCUAAUUCACCAGGACAUGUCUCAGGUGGAGCGUUACAGUCGCAAACUGGGAGCUGGAGACUUGUACCCGUUGUUUGCUUGUGUGCUCACAGCUCGUUCCUGGGCUGCCGUCAACUCUGGUAUCGGUUCUGUGCCUGUCACUCAUUCAGAGGAAGUGGAAAUACGGACAAAUGCAGCUCUUUACCUACCUCAGAUCAAUGACCUAUUAAACAGAGUUCCCCGGCAAAUGUUGCUGCUUUUGAAGACCAAUGAUCUUCUGAGAGGAAUUGAAACCACUCUUAAGACUAGAGCUUCAUCAUCCUCCUUCAUCAACAUGUCACGCUGCUGCAUUCGUGCUUUGGCCAGACACAAAAGGAGUAAAAAUACGUCCAGCAGAAGACGUCUGCAAAUCACACUAACAGAGUCUUUCAACCUCUGGAGACUUAGUAUGUAUGAGUUGUUACUAUGGUUGAAGAGCUCUCUGGUGGCACGUGGGGUUUCUACUCUGCUAGCAUUUUUACAUUGAGACAUGUACUAAACUUACUACAAGGUGAGCAUCUGACCACUAUCUACUGAUUAAAAUAAAACCAGGCAGCCAUUGAAUCAUGCAGUGCUUGUCAAAACAUACCUCAGGAUGUGACAGUUUUGUGUUUCCUCAGAACUUGUUAUAGUAGUAUUUAUAUUCAGCAACUAAUGGGCCGUUUAUAUGGUGAUGCUCUGACACCAAGACGCAACAAUUGUGUUGCAGAAUGACCUCGCAUUUAGAUGGUGACGGUGAAAACGGAAGGCGACGGCGCAAACUUUUGAUUCUGGCCUCGAAAGUGGAAGGCUUUCGCUUCGAUGACGUCAGCACUCGCACAGGUCACUUUGGGUGUGCAAAGUCGCUGCUAGUAAACAUUUAAAAUAGCAAACAUGGCAGAACAGCGCCUUUAAUUUACUGUUUUAUAAUAUUUUUAAUUUAAAUAUAUUUUAUUUUCUCACAGAUGCCAUUGCUUCGAGUUUUUAAAAAAUUAUUUGUCAGGAAAGCUCAAGUUUGAACUCCGAGACAAGUAUCAACAGAUAACAAAAUGAGAAUAAUGAAUCAGACAGCCAAGGAUUGCCUGCUUCAAAGACUUUAUAAACAUGAUAUAUCACGGGUACAAAAUGAUAUGACUCAGCCAGGAGCUGAGAUCACCCAGAACUAGAGAUGUCGCCGAUCGAUCGGGUCCGAUCACGUCAUUUUCAAAGUAUCGGAAUCGGCAAAAAAAUAUCGGCCAUGCCUUUUUUAAAUAUAUAUAUAUAUAUAUAUAUAUUUUUUUAAUUAAAUCGUUUUCUAAUUGUAUUUAACGUUACAGACAUAAUAUGUUACACUCAUCCAGAGUCUUUAGUUUAGGCUUAAGGUAGGGUUAUCAAAUUUAUCCCGAUAACGGCAGUAAUUAAUUUUUUAAAAAUGUAUCACGUUAAGUAUUCAACGCAAUUAAUGCAUGCGUUGCACGACCCACUCACGCAUUGUCGCACUCAAUCUGUAUUGGCACCGUUUUAUUCAUAUAGAGAGAUAAAAGACAGUGUAAUAUGAGUAGAGUGAAUUUUGGCAGCCUUUGGAGCCUUUUUUUAAUAGGCUAAAACCUUACAAUCCUUCUCCCUAUGAUUAGAAAUAUCAUGGGACCUGUCACCUUCUGUGCUUCUGCCUGUUUUGCUUUUACUCUUUUAUUCUUAGUCUUUUUAUUUAUUUUACUUUUUUCUGGCGAUGUGCACUUUGAGAUUUGUUGUCAAAUGUAAAGUGCGUUAUAAAUAAAAUGUAUUAUUAUUUAUUAUUAUGGGAAGCAAUGUGGGGAAGCAAGGUAGCAAUUGAUCUUUUUUCUAGUUGGCAAUAUUUAGUCACAAUAUACAAAGUCACACGUCUUUCUAUCUGUGGAUCCCUCUCACAGAAAGAAUGUUAAUAAUGUAAAUGCCAUCUUGAGGAUUUAUUGUCAUAAUAAACAAAUACAGUACUUAUGUACUGUAUGUUGAAUGUACAUAUUCGUCCGAGUUUUAUUCAUUUUUUUCUUAAUGCAUUGCCAAAAUGUAUAUGAUCGGGGAAAAUUAUCGGGAAUGAUUGGAAUUGAAUCGGGAGCAAAAAAAAGCAAUCGGAUCGGGAAAUAUCGGGAUCGGCAGAUACUCAAACUAAAACGAUCGGGAUCGGAUCGGGAGCAAAAAAACAUGAUCGGAACAACCCUACCCAGAACGUACAAUGAGAAUACACAAGUCCAGAGUCUUUAUUCCUGUUGAAAGGGUGUUGCUUACUACAAAACGAUACCUACUGAGAAAACAUAAGUGAAAGUUACUGCUGCUCAGCCGUGGCUGACACAAAAAGGGAGUAAAUAAGAUAAGGCAUGAAGGAGAAACCCAAUGUAAUAUGUUGAAAAGAAUAUUUGCAGCACAUGAACAGUAAGUAUGAGUAAAAUCUCACAAACGAAUAUAGUGGAAUAUAGAUUCACAACAGUUUAUGUGUUUCCUAAGCAUGAAUAAAAUAUUCUUUCACAUUAUUGACAAGCAAUGUUAUAUCAUUUAAAGUUGUAAAGAACAGCUCAAGAAAUACGAGAGAAAAGUUAAAUAAACACAAAAAACGUGAAUAAAACUGCAAAUAAAAGGUACGGGGGGUAAAAAAUAAAACGCUUGCUUUGAGUGGGUGGGUAUGUUGUCUUCUGGCCUGAGAAGGUUGUUGUCAAAGAAGUGCAUCAUUGGCUGUCGCCUUGUAAAACUGCACUGCCAUCUCGGGGCUGGCAUGAAUACUACAUUGUUUUCACGCAAAAUUUCAUCAUUGUUCGAAUGGAGACGGAGCCAAGACGGAAGGAACCAUAUAAAUGUGAACAUGAAAUUUGUCAUAUUCUUGGAGCAUCGCCAUGUAAACGGCCCCAGUUUCCAGUAAUCACAUUCUGUAAAAUAUGAAAUUCAAACUGUCAGACUUCAGCCGUGAUAGUCUUAGAACUGUAGCUAUCGUUACUUUUUGUCGGUUUAUUUUAUAACUCAGUAUGAACAUCUUUUACCAUUGUAAAUGACACUUUAUGUGCAGAAUUUUAAUUAUGAGAGAGGAAACGUAUAAAUGCCACUUUGGAUCUUUGCUGUAUUAAUAUCACGUCAACUACAGUAAAAGGACACACAGUAUUGUAUGCAUGCCAAGAAAAAAAACUAGCGGCUGUUGGGUCAAUAUUUAUAUCUUACUAUUAAACAACUUUUAGAAAACACCAAGUUCUGUCUUUCUGUUAUUUAAUUCGAUGCAUAAAGUAGAAAGGUUGCAUUUUUUUUCUAAAUAAAUUCAAAAUCACGCGGAGAUGCUUUGCUCUGUCAUUGGUAACGUCCUUUUAAUUUUGGGACAUUUUGGGGUCACUUCUUUGUUAACUCAUCAAUUGCCCUUCCCAGUCAAAAGGGAUUGGUCAUCUAGCACCAUCAAUGGCAGCCAAUUAGUGCCCCAUAGUGCCUAAAACUAAAAGUGUUCCAUGGUUAAAAUUUUCAUGAAUUUUCAGUUUUUUCAUAAAUUUUUUUAUUUUUUUAUUUUUUUAUUUUUUGGCAGUUUUCACAGUUUUUCCUUUUUUUUCCCCGUGGUUUCAGUGUUUUUUUCCCCCCGCAUUGAUAUUAAGGCAUUUCUGGACUACUUCCGGCUCGUUGGUAACUUCCUGCAGAUUAUCAGGUCACUUCCUGUUAAUAUCUGGUAAUUUUUCCCAUUGGAAAUUAAUGGGGGCAUUUGGUAUAAAUGAACAACUUUUUUGGCAAAAAUCGUAUUCAACUGUUGUGCGCCUUGAUUUCCCCCAAAAUUUUACGUGUAAAUUACGUGAAUUUUUUUUUAAAAAAUGUAAGAUGAGACACAUUUUGAAAUUGGAAAUUUUCAAUAUUUUUGCCAUAGUAAACGAAUGGGCCUUAUCUUUUGUGGAAAAACACUUUUUUUUCGCCACAAUCGUAAACGUGAGGGACGGAAUCGAAAGAGAGCCUGAGUCAUAUGAACUUUUGGAUCAUUUCAAAGUUGAAACAGUGAGAAUCAGUCAAAGUGCACGGGCUGUGCGGCACGCCAAAAAAGUGGACCGAAAAAAACAUGUAAAGCAUCUUCACAAUUAACAAACCCUAAAACUAGGGAUGUGCCGGUAUUAUAUUCUUACGGUAUAAUAACCUUAAGCCAAAAUAUCACAGUAUUGCAAUUACAUCUCUAAAAUGUGUUACUUUGAGAUAUGUGGGUUUAAAAAAAAAAAAAAAAAAAUUAAAUUGAACGGGAUUGUUUUUUUCAAAACAUAUUAGCAAAUUUGAACAUAAGUAUAACGUUAAGUGGGGAAAAAAAAAAA